AUGGCGCUGCAGCUCGGCUUCAUCACCACCGUGGUGGUCUCGUCGGCUGAGAUGGCCGAACAGGUGCUCCAUAAGCACGACCAGGCGUUUGCGGGCCGAACCGUCAGAGACGUUGUCACCGUGUUCGACUACCACCACCACUCGCUGGUGUUUAGUCAGAACGGGACAAGAUGGAGAGAGCUGAGAAGGAUCUGCAACAUGGAGCUUCGAUACGGCUUGUGUGCGUUUGGAACCACCCUGAACUUGGUGGCAAACACCAUCUUUUCCAAGGACGUGGUGGAUCUCGAGUCGGAGUCGGCGGGAGGGUUCAAGAACUUGUUGUGGGAGAUUUUAGACCUCAACGCAAAGCCAAACCUUUCCGACUUCUUCCCGGCGCUCAGGUGGGCCGAUCCUCAAUGUCUGCGGCGUCGAAAUACAACUCUUAUAAAGCGGUUGUAUGAUGCGUUUGACCAAGUGAUCGACAAGCGCAUGGAGUCGGAUGCAGCUGCAAAAGGAGGGGAGAAGAAGAAGCAUGGUGAUUUGUUGGAAGUGCUUGUUGAACUCACCAGGGAGCCAAGCUCAGGGUUCACCAGGGAGAAUAUCAGGCCUUUGUUAACAGACGUGUUCAUUGGUGGAAGUGACACAACUUCUACCACCAUAGAAUGGGCCAUGACUGAACUGCUUCGACACCCAGACAAGAUGUCCAUAGCGCAGCUUGAGCUGAAAAGGACCAUCGGCUCAGAACGUCAUGUGAAGGAGUCUCAUAUCCAGCACCUCCCUUACUUACAAUCACUGGUGAAGGAGACCUUGCGGUUGCACCCGCCUGUUCCUCUUCUCGUUCCACAUAGCGCAGAUGUAACUACAGAGGUAGCUGGCUUCACCAUCCGUAAGAACACCCAAGUUCUUGUCAACGCAUGGGCCAUCGGCCGUGAUCCCGCCAGCUGGGAAAAUGCAACAUCCUUCUUACCAGAGAGGUUUCUAAAUUCUGAUGUAAAUUUCAAAGGAAAGGAUUUUCAUUUCAUCCCUUUUGGCGCCGGAAGGAGGGACUGCCCCGCCAUCCCUUUAGGGGUCCGCAUGGUUCAUCUGAUGUUGGCUUCUCUUCUCCAUUCAUUUUCAUGGAAUCUCCCACAUGGGAUGGGCCCCAAGCAACUGGAUGUGAAAGCCAAGUUUGGCUUAACUCUGCAGAAAGCUAUACCUCUCAAAGCGUUCCCUUCUCCACGGUCCUUUGAUGGCCUGGAAUAA